AAAUAUCUAAUCUUAAAGAACAGUUAGAAAAGAUGCUUCAAAAUUCUAUAAAUCAAGAGAAUUAUAUAAAUUAUUUAGAAAAACGGUUAGCAAUUUUUCAGAAUGAAAUAGACAAGCUUAAUGAAAAAAUUCUUGAUUUGAUUCAGCGAAAGAUUAAUAAUAUUAGGCAAUAUUUUCAAAGCCCAGCUACAAUAGCACCUACAAUAAAUGGCAUUGUAAAUUAUCUUAAUAUAAUUUCUGAUGCUGGAAAUAGGUUUAAAAGAUUGGUGCUACAAAUAUAUUCACAAGCAAAUGCUCGAGCAAUUAAUGCUGAAAAUCAAGUAGCGAAUUUGCAGACCCAGCUAAUAACUUUGCAAACCCAGUUAGCUAAUUCUCAGACCCAGUUUGCCGAUUUACAAACUCAGUUAACUACACUUCAAAAUGACUAUGAUCUUCUUCAUCAAGCUUAUGAGCCCCACAGAACACAGCAUAAUAUAUUUAAAUCUCGAGAACUAAAUGGUCGAAUUACAAUCCCUCUGGCUCAAGGACGAACAGCAGCACAACUUGGAGCAAAUUUAAGACAUGGCACUGUAGGCCAGGCUGGAAAUAUUGUUAUUCCAGCUCAUACAGUAUUUAAUGAAGACUGGUCUUUUGCCAAUGGGCGCCCAACUGAUCGCAUUGUAAAUCUACCCAAUGUCAAUAGUGGCAGUGAUCCUGUAGGUCGAUUCUAUUCUAAGUUACAUAAACUUGCUAGGCUUGCUGGUAUUGAUGAACAACAAAUUCGAUUACAAUUUAUUCGUGGCAUUUCUCCCGAUAAUCAAUUAGAAAUUCGACAUAUCAGAAUUAACAGACCCAUAUCAGAAUUGCUCACAGAACUCGAAGAAAUUGAGAAAUAUAAGACAGAACAAUUAUCUGGAGCUUAUUUAUAUUCAGGUUCAGAUAAAUCUUAUAGAAAAGAUAAUAACCCUUCAGGUCAGGGUAUGACCAAAACUGAAAUCGAAAACUUAAUAAAAUCUAUGAUGUCAUCUAUUCAAGAAAUGAAGACUCAGCACUUUGUACCAUCUCAACCGAUUUCUUCACAACCAUCUCAAUCAUACUAUAGGCCACAACCACCAGGAACCUCACAAAUUAUACAAGAUAUGAAUAUGAGUAGAUUUAUACAAUGGCUUACUGGAGAGAUUCCAGAAUUUGUUCCUGUUCUCAAACCCGAUUUACCCCCAAAACCACCAAUAAAGAAAGUAUUGCAAAGCAAUAAUCUACAGAGUCUUGAAGUUACUGAUAAUGAUCCUAUAAAAGAUAUGCGUAAACAAUUAGAAAACCUCCAAAUCAAUCUGACUAAAAUAAAUAAAGCUAUGAAAAAGAAUUCUAGCAAGCCUAAAUCUUCUCAUAAAUCAUCUUCAGACUCUAGUGAUAGUGAAAAUAGUACAAUAUCUAGUGAAAAUGAACUUAAAACCAAUACCUUAGCACGCUUAUACAAUGAAUCAGAAUCUGAUUCCUCUAGAACCAGUGAGUCUAGUAAUUCAGAAAGUGAUGAAUUAAAGAAGCACAAAAAUGCCAGGCCAGAACCUGAAAGGUCAUUGCGAAGCAAUAAAACUUCUAGCAAAAAGGGUAGUAAAAAUAGACCUGAAGGAUCAUUGCUUCGCAAUACUAAGUCACUUAAAAUUCCUAUAGAUAAUAUUAGCCUAAAUGCAUUUUUUGCUAUUUUACGAUCAAUAGUUGAUUCAUUUACUCGUACACAACCUAAAGAAGUCUCAAUUAAUGGUUAUAAUAUGAUUAAUGCUGAAUUCAUUGCACUGAAAGAUCCUCAAACAAAUAUACUACCCAAAACAGCUCCAGAAGAGAUGCAACCAGAAGCAGAAAUUUCAUGGCCAAAUCCUAUAGAAAUUAAUUUUAUUCGUAAAAUUAUUUCCAAUGAUGUUGCAACUAUUACUUGCCAAAUUAUUUCACCAUCAGGAAAAAAUAUUCAAGUACCUGGUGCGCUAAUAGAUAGUGGAGCAAACUGCUCUUUUAAAUCAAAAGGUCUUGCAAAACUAUUAGGAAUGAAUAUAGACAAAAAUAAAAAACCUUCUGUAAAAUGGUGUAAUAAUUCUUUAGAAUCUAUUGGAACUUGUUAUAAUGUACUAAUUACUUUUGGCAAUAGAAAUAAUAGUUGUACAAUUACAGAAGACUUUUCAGUAAUGGAUGAUGAUAAACCUUGGAUAUUAUUAGGCACUCCUUUGCUUGAUCGUGCUGGAUGGGAGCCUAUUGUUAAGCAUGAAUUCAAGUUAAUACAUAAAGGUAAAGUAAUUACUAUACCUCUUUCAGUAUAUAAGUCCCAGAGAGAAAUAUUUAAACCAGAAAUCAACUUGACUUUUCACAAGCAUAAUGAGUCAAAGACUCAAAGCUCUGCUUCCUCAGUUCAAGUAUCUACUAAUAGCACAAAGUGCCAAAUCUCUGAUUCCUCUUCUAGUCAGUCUAGUAAUAAUAAUAUAUUAUUAGAGAAAUGGCAUGCUUCUGCAGGUUUUAGCCCAGAUUUUAGUCUAUCUAGUGAGGAUGAUUUAUUGCAAAGCAAGUCAUUAGAUGAUGAAUCAGAGAUAAGUCAAAGACUCAAAGCUCAGCUUUCUCAAGAUUUUAUCUCUUCUUUGAAUCAUAACCCAGAUCUAAACUCUGCAAUAAAAAAAAAUAAUUAG